AGGUGAAGUCACAUGAAACAGGUGUGCUGGCUGCCCGCGUGCAUGGUGAAGCCUGGCACUGAAGGUGUGUAGCAGGCACUAGUGUCCCCGAUUCGUAUCAAGCCAUUUGAGAGGGAUGAUCUCCUGCUGACAGCGCCAUGAAGAGGACCAGGCAGUGGGAUGUUCACAAAGCUACCGUGCUGGCUGGUCUUUUCUACUUUGUGCAUUCUGCAGCCAAGGCAUGCAUCUUCCCAUUUUUAACUCUGUAUUUCCGACAGCUUGGCCUGCCUGCUCCCCAUACAGGUGUCAUAAUGGGCACAAAGCAAGUCAUCUAUAUGGUGGGCGCACCAGUACUCUCCUACUUGGCUGGCCGCUAUGAAAAGAGAAGGGUCCUCAUUAUCUGCUCACUGCUGUGCUCCAUAGGUGCCGGACUUCUUCUUAUCCUUGUUCCUCCUGCUGACAGGGAGGCAUGGAGCAAAAACUGCAGUAGCAGGUUGGCAUCUCCUGUGCAAACUUCUGCAAGUGGUGUGACCCAGGCAGCUGUCCUUUCCAUGACAAGCAGACCACAGGCUCGUGAAGAUAAUACCUUCAGUGCUGAUAGCCAAAUUGCAGUGACUCGGCCAUCAGAUGUCAUCACACUGGCAGUAGUAUCUCAUCUCCUUGACGAAAUGCCCACCCACCAUUUGGCAUCCCAAAAGGCAGCUAUUCUUCUUGAGGGGAAUGGAAAUGAAGCUCUGCUAAAAGAGGAUCUCAGCUCUGGAAACUAUGAAGUAAAAAACUCACCUGGUAAUGACUCGGCCUCCCAACAAGAUCUCCAACCGGUCAUAUACAGAACACAGAGAUCUCUGGAUAGUGAAAACCAUAGCAAAUAUGCUUUUACAGAUUUUCAAAGCUUCUUUGCCCUGGAUGCCCAGCACCAGAUGUUCUUCCUUGUGCUCAUAGUAGUAGUACUGUGGGAGGUUUCAACUGCCCCAUUGGAGUGGAUGGUGGAUGAUAGCCUCUUUGAGUAUAUGGACUGUGUUGAUGCAGCUGACCGUUACGAUAGGCGCUGGAUGUGGGGACAUGUGGGGGCAGCUUACAGUGUCUGUGGUGUGGGCUUUCUGGUGAGCAGUCUUGGAUGCUUCCUAGGGGGUCGUGUGCCUCGAAGUGCUGUGCACUUCUAUGGGUACGCUAGUCUAAUGACCAUAGCCCUCUUGGUAGGGGCUUUCCUGCCAGCUUACAUAAAUAAGAAGCAGCAGCAGCAGUCCAGUAAAGGCUUGAAAGCCCUCGAGCUUAUCUCUGGUGAUGGACGGGCCCUUCUUUAUGCCAGCACUGCCUUCCUGGUGGGUGCUGCUGGGGCCAACAUUGAGAAUUUUCUUUUCUGGCAAAUGCAAGACAGAGGGAGUAGUCAGGCAUACAUGGGUAUGUCAGUCUCUAUCGCUCUGGCCUCCGAACUCUUCAUGUCCUUCUUUGGGGAUAGAGUACUCCGAUACUUUGGACAGAGUAGCGUGGUCACACUUGGAUUAGCAUGCAUGUCCAUCCAGUGUCUUUACUACUCCUUCCUCUGGUCCCCCUGGGCUGUGUUGCCCAUCCAGAUCCUUAGUGCCUUUAGUAGUGGUACCCUUUGGUUGGCACUACGCAAACAGUGUGACAACUUGGCUACUCCUGGAAUGGAGCGAUCCAUCCAGAGGGUUUUCCACCUGCUGUCACUAGGCCUAGGAGCUGCAGUAGGUAGCUUUGCCAGUGGCUUCAUUGUCAGUAGAUUCAGUCUGGCCAUCUUGUACAGAGCUGUAUCAGUCACUCUACUCUUAUGGACCACCAUCUUUGCCUCUCUGCAGAUCUGGUUACCCCAUAAGAAAAAGAUGAAUUAUUCACGGCUUUUGGCUAUGGACAACAGUGAAAGGAGUGAUUCUGAUACUGAUCAGGAGAGAGACUGGCUUGUGAAGGCUAUGAAGGAUGAGCGUGGUGGUAUUGGGAGAUGACAAAUUUACUUGCUGAUGAAUUCACUGACCACAAAUUUCACCCUGUGAAUGGUACAAAUGAGAGCCAGUAAGGAUACAGGGUGAAGAAUGAGUGGACGUGUUAGGGGCUCCUGCACUCCAUCUGGCCAUAAGAAGAACUCCAGGAGCCAUAGGAGGCAAAGACGUCUGCUUGUCUUGUGCUUUUUUUUAUGGAGUGAAAUAACAGAAGUUGACUAGAUGGGCAGUUAUCUUCUUUUACAAAAUGACCCCGAGUAUAAAAGAUAAGUUCUUAUAUGAGGACUGAUAAUAGCUAGGGACUAAACUAGCUAAAUUAAUCUCCUGGCUCUCAAACUAGAUAUUUGUUAUCUCCAGAGCUCAAACAUAUUGAGAUUUGGUCUUUGAUCCUCAAUGUGUCCCUCAGCCAAAUCACACGGAGGUUGGUUUUUGAUCUCCAGGAUAUCUCAGGGAUAAGUCACACUCUGGCCUUUUGAACUCCAUGCAAAGAAGGUACCUCUCCUCACAUGUGGCCUUAGAUGUAGACUCUAUAAAGUUUCCUUGAGUCAAGUUCCUCCCACCAAACAAUCCAUCUAGUGUACUAGUUAGCUAAUGGGAAAUUCAGCCUAGCGAUUCAUCCUCAUGGUAGCUUUCAGAGACAGAUAACCUUGGCCUUUGGUCUCUGAAGCCUUCUCACUCAAUCAGCUGUCUUUGAACCAAGUUAUUUUGCUACCCAAUCAUGUACAAGUGUCUCUAAGCUGCAUCUUCUUUCAGAAGAGCAUCCACCUCCUUUUCAAUAUGUAAUAUGCUCCAAAGGCAAAAGCUUUGUGAGAUCAGCCACUUCUCCUCUCACAUCUAUGUCCUGCCCAACUCUACACCCCUGAGCCAGUCCUCUUGUGGCAGUGUACAUCUGAGCUAAUUACCAGCCUGGCAAUUGACUUCCUAUUCCAUGCCAAUCCCCAUCCAGUCCACGGUUUAUCCAACAAGUGUGUGACUGAGCCAAAUCACACUUCAACAUUCAUAUUGGACCCUUACAUUAUCCUUGAGUAAGACCACCUUCAAGCCUAGAUAAAGAUCCCCCAAGUCAAACUACAUGUCUCCUGCAGCGUCACUGCCCAAAUAUCACUAUUCAAAUUGUUUACAAUCCAGCAUCACCCUGUUUCCAGCUCUACCUAUCUCGUGUACAUUGUUCUGUUUGCAACUUUUCAGUCUUUUAAUUUACUCCUACCUUCAAAAUUAAAUGUAUGUCAUCUUACUCCUAAAAGAUACUUUUCCAUUCUUAGAUGAUCCAUAUGCAUGCCAACCAGUUGGAAAAUCCAAGAUUUUCUAUAUGUAUAAUAACAUGCUACUUUUGAUGUUCUAUACCGAUAAUGCACUUGAGUAUAUGUCAUCUAACUUGAAAUCUCAAGAGAUACCCGCCACUUGAAGAUGUUCUAUAUGUACGUCAACCCAUUUGAAACCCCAAGAUGCACCCUGUAUAUUAACAUGCUUGAAACCCUGAGGGGAACAUCCUUCCACUCUUCAUUUACAUGUAAACACACAUAAAGGGGGCUUAAGACCCUGAUACCAUCACUCCUUAGAAGCACCGCUGGGCAUUUUGCAGGUUCCUUUUGCCAGUGGCUUUAUCUGCUCAGCAGAGGUGAGCGAAACAGGCAAGUUUUAAUUUGAGUGCAGUUGUGCAGGCGAUUGUGCAAAUGCGAAUUGCAAAUGUUUUUUGUGGGCUUUAAAGAUUUUUUUUUUUGGAUGGAAUACAUGGAGGGCGGCACGGUGGCACA